UCACAGAUGAUGGUUAUCAAUUACGUUUUAUAGAUUCUUUGAAUUUUUUAACAAUGAAAUUGAGUGCCAUGCCUAAAGCCAUGGGGUUUGAAGCCGCAAAAGGUUAUUUCCCCCAUUUCUUCAAUCUGGCUGAAAAUCAGAAUUAUAUCGGCCCCUACCCUGAACCUGAAUGCUACGGUGUUCAGAGCAUGAUGACCAAAGAAAAAGAAGAAUUUUUUACCUGGUACGACAGUGUCAAGCAUGGUGUUUUUAAUUUUAAAGAGGAGAUGGCUUUUUAUUGUAAAAAUGACGUUGAAAUUCUUAGAACAGCGUGCAUUAAAUUCAGAGACGAGGUCAUCAAAAUUGGCAAUAUUGACCCGUUUCAAUGCAUGACCCUGGCAUCUCUAUGUAUGGCCAUGUACAGGCAAAACUGUAUGCCUCCAAAGUCUGUCGGCAUAAUUCCUUCUGACCAUUACAGUAGUAGUCAGAAAAACUAUUCGAACGCAUCUAUUCAAUGGUUACUGUAUCUCUGUGAAACAGAAAAAUUGAACAUUCGACACGCUCUAAACCUUGGGGAAGUAAAGAAGGGUUCCUUUUAUCUUGACGGCUAUGCCGUAGUUAAAGGUAUUCCGACUGCCUUUGAAUUUGCUGGUUGUUUUUAUCACGGCUGUCCAGAAUGUUAUGAUUUAAACAGUACCCAUCCUUUAACCGGUAUGACUUGUGCGGUUAUGUACCAAAAGUUUAUGAGAAAAUUGGAAAUACUUAGAACAAAAUUUAAUUUAGAUGUGCGCAUGCUCUGGGAGCAUUCUUGGGAGACGAUGAAAAAACAAGACCUCAGGCUACAAACUUUCUUAAAACACUGUAAUUUCCCUCAACGUAUACAACCGAGGGACUCGUUGUUCGGCGGACGUACCAACGCCAUUAAAUUGUACCACAAGGCAGUGGGCCCCGAACAGAUUCACUAUUAUGAUUUCACUAGCUUGUACCCGUUUGUGAAUAAAACAAAAACGUACCCGGUCGGUCACCCCACUAUCAUUUUUCAGCAGUUUGGCGAUCUCAGGCAGUAUUUUGGAUUAAUUAAAGCCACCGUCCAGCCUCCACGUGGUCUAAAUUUUCCAGUCCUGCCUCUCAGGUUUUGUGGAAAAUUAAUGUUCACCCUCUGUCGCACCUGUGCGGAGACAGAAGCUCAGAUUGUGGACUGUCGUCACACAGAGGAUGAGAGAGCUUUAACCGGUACUUGGUGCAGUGUGGAAAUAACAAAGGCCAUUGACAAAGGGUAUAAAGUUUCAAAAGUAUACGAGAUUUGGCAUUACCCCCAACGUACUUCUGAGUUAUUUUCAGACUAUAUCAAGCUUCAUCUAAAAGGCAAGCAGGAGGCCUCGGGCUAUCCUGCCUGGUGUACGGAUGAGGCUUCCCGAGACCGUUAUAUUUUAGAUUAUUAUCACAAGGAAGGUGUGCAAUUGGACCACAAUAACAUCGCCCGUUAA